AUUAAAAAAAAAAUGUGCGUUUGCCAGGUCCGAUUCGGCUACGCAUGCGCUCUCUCUUCAUUACCGGUGGAUUUUAGUUGAGGACGACGUGUUUAGUCAGCGAAAGCACAGAAAUUAAAGCCUAAAAAUGACUCUUAAAAUUGGAAUCAAUGGAUUUGGAAGAAUUGGACGUUUGGUGAUGAGAGCGGCCAUUGACAAUAAUGUCGAGGUUGUUGCAGUCAACGAUCCAUUUAUCGAACUUGACUACAUGGUAUACAUGUUCCAAUAUGAUUCUACACAUGGCAGAUUUAAGGGAGACGUGAAAGCUCAAGAUGGUAAACUGGUAAUAAAUGGAAAAGCCAUUACUGUUCACAUGCUCCGUGAUCCAUCUGAAAUCCCCUGGGGAGCAUCUGGUGCUGACUAUGUCGUAGAAUCAACUGGUGUUUUCACGACAACAGACAAAGCUGGAGCUCAUUUCAAAGGCGGAGCCAAGAAAGUCGUCAUUUCUGCCCCCUCAGCUGAUGCCCCUAUGUUUGUUAUGGGUGUAAACGAAGAGAAGUACGAAAAGGGUAUGACAGUUGUGAGUAACGCCUCGUGUACCACCAACUGUCUAGCUCCCUUGGUUAAAGUUAUUAAUGAUAAUUUUGGUAUUGAAGAAGGUUUAAUGACAACCUGUCAUGCCUUCACAGCUACACAGAAAAUUGUAGAUGGACCCAGCAACAAGGAUUGGCGAGGUGGUAGAGGAGCAGCUCAAAACAUCAUUCCCUCCUCAACUGGUGCAGCUAAAGCUGUAGGAAAAGUCAUCCCUGAACUUAACGGUAAAUUAACUGGUAUGGCUUUCCGAGUACCCGUACCUGAUGUUUCAGUUGUUGAUUUAACUGUUCGUCUGAAGAAACCCGCACCCUAUGAUAGUAUUAAAGCCACAAUUAAGGCUGCAUCUGAAGGAAAAAUGAAAGGCAUUCUGGGAUACACAGAAGAUCAGGUUGUAUCUCAAGAUUUCUGUGGCGAUCCCCGAAGCAGCAUUUUUGAUGCCAAGGCCGGUAUUGCUCUGAACGAUACCUUCGUUAAACUUGUUACUUGGUAUGAUAAUGAAUAUGGUUACAGCAACCGAGUUAUUGAACUCCUCCAACAUAUGUUUAAAGUUGAUAACAGUUAAUAACUUAUUUAUAGAUCGUUUGCUAGUGCUUUCUAACGUGUCAUAUUAUUAUAAAACGGGGGCAUUACAGUAAUACACCCGAUAGCAACUUACUGAGAUUUCAUAAUUUUACCCAAACAAUUCAUAUUAUUGAUGUUACGUGUUCAAAACAUAAUUUUACCUGAACAAUGUAAAUUAUUGAUGUUAGGUGUUCGAAACAUUACUUUACCCGAACAAUUCAAAUUAUUGAUGUAAGGGUUUUCGAAAUAUAAUUUAUAAUGAUUGGAAAAUAACUACAACAAACCUUGGAGUGAUUUAAAUGUUAUGUUUUUUUUUGUUAUUGUUAACUUAAGUCUUGUCAGGAAUAGUAUUUUCUGUCUUUUAAACACCCAUUUAGUAAAUUAAUUGUUAUUGGGAUUUUCACCUUUUAAAGAAUUUAGAAAUCCAUUGUAUUCUUCACCUAAAAGUCUGUAGUUUCUUGGAUUAACGAUAAUAAUAAAACAAACAGGUACAGA